AUGGACGUUUUGAGGCGAACUGUGACUGACCGGCUGUUUCUUUGCGACCAGAUUUUCUCCCGUCAUGAGGCCGUCCUCUGCUCUCAUCUCGAAAUGCUAAGCAUGGUGAAGGCGCAUAUUGCACCGGAGACCAAUGGCUUCCAGACCGUUUCAUCAAUGGUGAACAAAACAGUACUAGCGAUGAACCAGCUGAAGAUAGCUCGAAAACAUAUGAUGAGCAGAAACGCUACACCCCCAUCCUCCAGUUCCUCCAGUUUCUCCAGUUCCUCAAACCCCACUCAGUCCACUGACACAGAGGCCAAUACUCGCAAGAAAAGACGCAGAAUCUCUCGGGACAAUGACACAGCUCGUCCUGACCCCACGGACGAAAUACGAGCCCCUAAACGAUACCGUGACUCUUCCCCCCAGCCAAAAACCGAGCAAGAUGGACAGUUCAUGUCCACCUCACUUGGAACAGAGGAUAUCUCAGCAGAGGUACAGCGACGGCUGAAAAUCAAAGAGGAGCAACGUCUAAAAAAGGAAAACCCCAAGGCGGAUAAACGCAAGCGCGACAGUCUCGCGUCGAAUGAAGGUGAAUCACCCAUUGCAAGCAGGCCUCGGAAGAAACGGCUUAAGCUGGAGAAUGGGAAUAAGAGACAUGGUGAUUCGGUGGACAAUGAGGCAGAUUCUCAGAAAAAGAAACGACGCAAAACGCCUUAA